GCUCCUCAUAUGGUUGGACUGGUUUUGCUUCAUUUCUCAUCAUAUUGCAUAUUCCAUCUUUCUAAUUCUAACGCUCAAAUGUAGUCAUUUCCCCCUUUCUUUCUUCAUUUUUCUCGCAAUCUCUCUCCUUACAACAAAGAAUUGAAUAGUCAUAACAAAUUUCCCAGUACCAUUUACAGAGGGAGAGAGUCACAUUACAUUACAAAUCUAUUUUCAUUAUUUAAAAAAAAAAGCAAUUUGGGUAUUCAGUUUGAUCAAAAUAUUGUGUGAUUUCACAAAAAAAAAGGCAUUUAUGGCAAGGUUGUUGAUUGAGGCUGAAGCUAUAAAGAUUGGAUAAAGACAGCAGAUGCUUUAUAUUGAAAGUGAUUGGGGAUCUGUGAGAUCUCCGUUUGUUUGUAAAGGAAAAUGUAUUCUCCUCCCCUGUCUUCUUCUAGCCAUGACCGAUGUGAUUCCAAAGCGCGAAUCAACAACAAUACUAAUAGCUCACAAUUGCGACUUUAUCAAAUUUGGCAAGGAAGAAAUAGAUUCUACCUUGGAGGCAGACUUGUAUUUGGCCCAGAUAUUAGAGCACUGUUUCUUACCUUGUUCUUAAUCCUAGUUCCAGUAGCAUUAUUUUGUGCUUUUGUUUCAAGAGGACUCAUCAAUGCAUUUCCCCAUCGAUUAGGCUAUCUUAUUGUGGCUAUAUCUCUUCUCUUCUCAGUCUUUAUUGUAGUUCUUCUAUUGCUAACUUCAGGAACAGAUCCUGGAAUUGUUCCGCGAAAUACCAAUCCUCCAGAACCUGACGAAGAAUUUGAUACCUCUAGCAUCUCCACAAGUUGUUUAGGAAGUCAGACUGGUCCUCUCAGUUUACCGCCUAUGAAAAAUGUUACUGUCAAUGGAAUAGUUGUCAAAGUAAAAUACUGCAAAACGUGUAUGCUAUAUCGGCCACCACGCUGCUCUCAUUGCUCCAUAUGCGACAAUUGCAUUGAACGUUUCGACCACCAUUGCCCAUGGGUGGGACAGUGCAUUGGGAAGAGGAACUAUCGUUACUUUUUCAUGUUUGUUUCCUCUACUAACCUCCUGAGCCUCUACGUCUUUGCGUUUUGCUGGGUAAAUAUAAAGAAGAUAAUGGAAGCACAUGAUUGUAACUUUUGGAGCGCGUUUCUUAAGUCACCUGUUUCAGGCAUCCUUAUAAUAUAUACAUUUGUAGUUUCUUGGUUUCUU